AACACUAAUUCAUAAAAAAGUGUGAGCAGUCAAGAUGGACGUGUAGAUAUUUUUCGUGUGAAAUAUUUUAUUCAGGUGCUUGUAAAUGGUAAAUAAACCACCAAGAUGUAUAAUGGUAUUGGAUUGACUACACCGCGAGGUUCCGGAACUAAUGGUUAUGUGCAAAGAAAUUGGGCUUCAGUAAGAAAAACCAAAGAUUCUGUAAACUACAGAACUGAAGAGGAGAUAGCGAAAUUGGAUUCAGCAUCCAAUAAACAGCCGAACCGUGAAAUCUUGGAUCAUGAGAGGAAAAGGAAGAUCGAAGUGAAAUGUGCAGAACUAGAGGACACUUUGGAACAGGAAGGGUUGCCGCGAGAGGAGAUCGCGGCGCGGGUGGCGGCCUUCAGGGCGAAGUUGGCGGAGGCCGGCGGCGAAAAAGACGUGCCCAGGGACGAAUUCGGGAGGGUAGCCGUGCGCGAGACGCACGCGAUCGCCGAGGCGCAGCAGGAGAAGAACGCUCGGCUUCGGGACGCGUUUGGAAUCUCGCCGCGCUUCGUGGAAGGCAGCAGCCUGGACGAGCGGCGGGCCAGGGAGCAGGCGCAGCGGUACCCGCUGGUGCGGACGCCGAGCAACGAGCGGGAGGAGCGCGACGCGCAUGUGGCCAAGAAAAAAAAGAAGCGAAGCAGUUCAGAAGGCAAAAAACUGAAGAAGAAAAAGUCGAAAAAGAAUAAAAAAGAAAGGCAAGAGUCAAGCAAGAAAAAGAAGAAACGCUCCAAGUCUUCUAACUCCGAGACUUCCAGUAGCUCGGAGCAGGAGAGCGACUCCGACAGCUCUGGCGAUGAGAAGCAGAAAAAGAAAAAAAAGAAAAAGUCGAGUGGCAGACGACGGGGCGGCAGCGACGGGUCCAGUCGGGACAGUUCCGAAUCUGAACCCGAACCACCCCACAAGAACAGAUCCGAGAAGAGAGACAAACGACCCCACGACAGAGAGAGGAGUCUAUCUCAACCGCCGGAGAAGAGACGCCGCAGGAGCAUCUCGGUCGACUACGAGCGGAGCGACACCUACUACAACAAGGCCAAGGAGCCUGUCCCGAGCUACAGCAGGAACCAUCGGGACACUUCCCCGCGGGACGCCCGGGACCUGCGCCGAAGCGACUCCCCGCGACAUCGGGACCGGGAAUCCCCGCGAAACCACCGUCGCCGGGAAGACUCCCGGGACAAAGAAUACAGAACAGAGAGAGACGACAAAUACGAGAAAAAGAAAAAGAGAGACAGAGAGAGAUACGACGAUGAACCGCCCCGCCGCAGAGACAGAGAAGAAAACGGCGAACCCUCCCGAAACCGGAAAAAUCGAAGCCCGGAUCAAGACCGACGCGACAGGGACUCCUCGCCCGAGUACAAGGAGCGAUCUCCGGUGAAUAAAAACUACAGGAGUAAGGAGUCUCGCAAAGAUGUAGAACGGUCUUACCGAAACAGUUCCCCGCGAGAAAGCAGCCGGGACCCGCGGAGGAGCGAGUCUCCCCGCCACAGGAGCCGCCGGGAGGACUCCAGGGACAAAGAGUACAGAACUGACAGAGAUGACAAAUACAAGAAAAAGAGAGACAGAGAGAGAUACGAAGAAGAACCACCGCGACGCAGAGAUAGAGAAGAAAAUGGCGAAUUUUCGCGAAGUCGGCGGAAUCGAAGCCCAGUAGAAGACAGACGUGACAGAGAAUCGUCGCCGGAAUACAAGGAGCGAUCUCCGGUAAACAAAAACUACAGGAAUAAAGAAUCUCGCAAGGACGUAGACCUACCGUACAGAAAGUCGCGGCCCGACAGGAAGGAGUCGUCGUCCGAGUCCGAAUCUGAGCCGGAGCGUAAGCCGAGGUCGGAGAUAAUUAAGAAAUCCAAGUAUUACAAAGACAGAAGCGCUUCUCGCGAGCCCGAGGAACAGAAGCGAAGGAGUCCGUCACCGGAGCCCAGGAGACGAAGCCCGUCGCCUUCCACGAGCCGACAGGAUAAACACAGACAAGCUGAAAAACCGAGAGUCGUCGAAAACCAUCAGGAUAGCCGAUCCAGGAAAAGGUCUCCGUCUCCCGAAGUGAAACUGGCACGACGCAGGCCGUCGCCGAGCCGGUCGCGAUCCACAUCGCCCGCGAGGAAGUCUGCUAAAAAGGAUAAACUGAAAGUUGAGACCGCGAGUACGUCUAAAGCGAGAAAAUCGCCAGACGCGCGGACAGCAUCGCCGAAGCCCGAUGUCAGCGAUAGGGAAGCGAGAGAUAGGAGCGUCGACAGGCGGGAUAAUCGCCACGACGAACAAGACGACGAUCGCUCCGAAUCAAAGAAAAAGAAGAAGAAAUCGCGCUCCCGAUCUGUGCAGAAGUCGCGAAGCACGUCGAGUCUCAGCUACUCGCCAGCAAGGCGAAGCCCCGAGCGCUACCGAGACAUCAUCGAAAGGCUGCCUGAAAAGGACAAGCGAAAGUACAUCAAAUCGCCGUCCGAUCUAGAUCCAAAGAAGAGGAAAAAGGGCGAAAAAUCCAACUACAAACCAAAAGCAGUCUGCCUGAGGAGUUCAUGCAGCGACAACGAGGUGUCUGAAGAAGAAGAUUUCCUGGGUGUCGACGAGCGGGCUCGUCAGGACCAGUUUGAACUACGAGAGAUGAAUAAGCUGAAGGAAAAAUUAGCCAAGAUGGCGAGCGGGAUGUUGACAGAAAUGUCUGAGCCUUCGACGUCGCAGGCGGGGCGGAGUUCCAGCGCUCCGAGGAAUCCAACUACUGGGGAGAGUAGUGGUAGAAGGGAGGAGAGUAGUAGAAGGGAGGAGGGUAGUAGAAGGGAGGAGGGUAGUAGAAGGGAGGAGGGUAGUAGAAAGGAGGAGAGUAGUAAAAGGGAGGAAGGUAGCAGAAGAGAGGGCAGCAAUAGAAGGGAGGAAGAGAGAGCGCGGAGCCCUGCUAAAGGUUCCCCCAAGUCGGGGCGGAGCGCCCGGCCUACAGAGAGUUCUUCAGAGAGGCGGCGCAGGCGCAGCCGCUCGCGAGGCAGCUGGACGUCGCGAUCGCGGUCCCGGUCGCGGUCGCGUUCGCGGUCACGGUCACGAUCCAGGUCCCGCUCGUCGCGGUCACGAUCGCGAUCGUAUUCGUCGUCGAGGCGCUCGCGUUCGUCUCGCUCCAGCUCGUACAGCAGCCGCAGUUCGUCUCGCUCUUCGCGCAGCUCGUCGCGCUCCACACGCUCCUCACGAACAAUGACGGGCGUGUACGCCGAUUACCGUAGAUCCAGCGACACGCGCCCGCGCUCGCGAUCGCCGUCAAUCCCGCGGCGCGCCGGAUCGCCGUCGUUCCUCGAUCGUCGCCGCAUCACGAGAAAACGAAAGUAUAGCACGAGUUCUGAAGACACGAGUAGUAGCUCCGAUUAGUGCGCAGUGAUUCUGCUAGUUCAAUAACCUUAGCCUAAGAUUAUAAUUUGUAUUCCUUAUCGUUCGACUAAGACAUAAUUUCAAACAACCAAAAUUUCAUUUUUUUUAACGAAUUCACAAUGCUGAUGUGUUAUACAAAUGGAUUAUAUUCAAGGAUUAAUAUUUGUAUGAAAAACAGAAAAUUCAUUGGCUGUGAUGGAAUUAAUUCUUGUAGGUUUAAAUUAUGUAAAAAUGUAAAUGGAGUUUGUUGUGUGUAAAACUAACUGUUUGCUUUGAAUCUUAACAUGGGUGUGCUAUUUUUAGUCUUAAUCUAUGUAUAAAUAUUUCGAGCGACUUGUUUUCACGAUGUAGUGAUUUCUAUUUUUGCUGGCUUUGAAGAUAAAUGGGAAUGAAUUUGGAUUUGGAUGUUCAAAGACGAUUAAUAAAUUAUUUUUUCUCCGUAGCGCACCCAUAAUAGAUCUUACUACAAAUAAAUACAAGUAUAGAAGAAGAUGAAAGCCCUAGCCAGCUAUCAGUUCCCAGGACGUCAUAUGCGCUCCAUGACGCCAGUUGUAGACCUUGUGCUAUUUAUGGACAUUAUUUUUGCAAGUGUGUUUUCUGUUUCAAUCUUAUAUUAUUUAGUUUGUUUUAUCACAUUAAAGUUUAUUGUAAAUCUUA